UUUUUUUUUUCCUUUUUUGGUCUUUUGGGUUUGUUAGAGAUGGCAGUCGUUGUUGCCCCCUCCCCGUGGGUUUUUGUUGUGGUAAUUAUUAUCGCCGUAGAUAAUUAAAUCAAAAUUAUUGAGGGCUGCCCAAUUCUUCAUCAUCAUCAUCCUUUUACAGAUAAACAAAACUCUUGAAGGGACCCUGGGUUUGUGCUUUUGAGAUUCCUAAAUCAACCCAAUUAAAACCAAGUCUUUGAAAGGAUAAAUAAAUCGAUCAAAUCAAAGAAGGCAGGGUGGCUUGAGAAAAAGCAAAGUCUGGGAUUUGGUGGAUAUUGAAAAAAAUGGCGAAUCUUUAUGUGAAAGCGGUGCCACCGGCGGAUCUGAAUCGGAACACGGAAUGGUUUAUGUACCCAGGAGUAUGGACUACCUAUAUUCUAAUUCUCUUCUUCUCGUGGCUCCUCGUUCUCUCCAUCUUCGGUUGCUCUCCUGGCAUGGCCUGGACCAUCGUCAACCUCUCUCACUUCCUCGUCACAUACCACUUCUUUCACUGGAAGAAAGGAACCCCAUUUGCUGAAGAUCAAGGGAUUUACAAUGGCUUGACUUGGUGGGAGCAGAUAGACAAUGGAAAGCAGCUUACACGCAACAGAAAGUUUCUGACUGUUGUACCCGUUGUGCUGUACUUGAUAGCUUCACAUACAACGGACUACCAACAUCCUAUGCUCUUUUUGAACACUCUUGCAGUCCUUGUGCUUGUCAUUGCCAAGUUCCCCAACAUGCACAAGGUCCGGAUCUUUGGAAUCAAUGCAGACAAGUGAGUGGCCUCCUGUUAAGAAAAGUUGAUUUUGCCUGCUUGAAAGCCACCACUCCUUCCCCUCUCUCGCUAAAAUGGGGUGUAUCUUUGUAUAGGAGGACAUUUUGAAGGUGUAAUGUUUUUUUCUGCCAAGUGUGCUGACUGGAUUUACAAUCUCUCGUAGAUAAUGAAGGAAUAAUUGUAUCAAGUUAUCUUUGUACAGUAGAGAAAUCUAAUGUAUGUCGAAUAUCAUUAUGCUGUUAUCAACUUAUCACAGAUCUCCAUACUGCUA